GACCGACAGUGGACUGACUUGCUAGACAGACUUUGAUUCAAUAAGCAGCACGCUACAGUAGGAUUUAGACUUCCAAGUGCCCAUUAGAGGGCGAACCCAAAACAGACCACCACCGGUCAAGAAUUUCAUCAGUGGGAGGCGGAGAAGAAGAAGCAGGGCUCUUGGUUUUUAGGGGGUGACGGACGGGUCGACCGUUUUUCUUCCGCUGGAGAAUCCUGCUUGAUAGGUAAGCAGAAAGCACAACACACCGCCACGGAGCAGCCCAAUCCACGCCUCAAAAAAAUCACACUGACGCAGGCCAUCCAAGCUUGGAAGGUGCCCGGAGGAAGGGGGUCAUCGCAGGUCGCCUUACGAAUCGGAACCGAGGAGCUUUUGUCCCUCUACAGUUCCUGCGGGUCUGGGGGCUUCCAGCAAGGGCGGCGGACAAGAUCCCGCACGCCCAGGGAAGGAGGCUGGAAAUCGGGGACGCUUCCAGCCCGCAGGACCAGGGCGCCGUGGCGACUGAGCGUUCGGGCUGUGGUGAACCCUUUGCGGCUAAGUGGAUGGGAUGGAGCCGGGACCAUCAAGCGCUGUGCCCAUGGGGCCAUACCCCCCACCCCUGCAGCAGGUGUUCCAGGCGCCCCGCAGGCCGGGCAUGGGCACCGUGGGCAAACCCAUCAAGCUGCUUGCCAACUACUUUGAGGUGGAGAUCCCAAAAAUGGACGUUUUCCACUAUGAAGUGGACAUCAAACCUGACAAGUGUCCUCGUCGGGUCAACAGAGAGGUUGUGGAGUACAUGGUUCAACAUUUCAAACCACAGCUCUUUGGUGACCGAAAGCCUGUUUAUGAUGGGAAGAAGAAUAUCUACACUGUUUUAGCUUUACCAAUAGGUAGCGAAAAGGUUGACUUUGAAGUGACCAUCCCUGGUGAAGGGAAAGACCGUAUCUUUAAAGUGUCCAUUCGUUGGCUGGCCAAGGUGUCGUGGAGGCUGCUGCAGGAGACCCUGGUCAGUGGACGUCUGCAGGUCCCUCUGGACUCUGUCCAAGCCCUCGAUGUGGCCAUGAGACACCUGGCCUCCAUGAGGUACACUCCAGUCGGACGCUCCUUCUUUUCUCCUCCUGAAGGCUACUAUCAUCCUCUGGGUGGAGGCAGAGAGGUGUGGUUCGGCUUUCACCAGUCUGUUCGGCCAGCCAUGUGGAAGAUGAUGCUCAACAUUGAUGUAUCUGCAACGGCCUUUUACAAAGCCCAGCCCGUCAUUGAGUUUAUGUGUGAAGUUCUGGACAUCCGCAACAUUGACGAGCAGCCGAAGACGCUCACUGACUCCCAAAGAGUCCGAUUCACCAAGGAGAUCAAAGGCCUGAAGGUGGAGGUUACGCACUGUGGUCAAAUGAAAAGGAAGUACCGUGUCUGCAAUGUCACGCGUCGCCCUGCUAGUCACCAAACGUUUCCUCUGCAGCUUGAGAGCGGGCAGACAGUAGAAUGUACAGUGGCUCAAUACUUUAAACAAAAGUACAACCUGCAGCUCAAAUACCCUCACCUGCCUUGCCUACAGGUGGGACAGGAGCAGAAACACACCUACCUGCCCCUGGAGGUGUGUAAUAUUGUAGCAGGACAGCGGUGCAUCAAGAAACUGACAGAUAAUCAAACAUCCACCAUGAUCAAAGCCACGGCACGCUCAGCACCGGACAGACAGGAGGAGAUCAGCAGACUGAUGAAGAAUGCUAACUUUAAUCUGGAUCCGUACAUUCAAGAGUUUGGCAUCAAGGUGAAGGACGACAUGGCCGAGGUGACGGGGAGAGUUCUGCCCGCACCCAUUCUGCAGUACGGUGGUCGGUCACUUCCAGUGCAAGAUAUCUCUGUCGCUCAACAGAAUCGUGCCAUUGCGACUCCCAACCAGGGUGUGUGGGACAUGAGGGGAAAACAGUUUUAUAACGGCAUUGAGAUCAAAGUUUGGGCCAUCGCCUGCUUCGCCCCGCAGAAACAGUGUCGGGAAGAGGUGCUCAAGAACUUCACCGACCAGCUGCGUAAGAUCUCAAAGGACGCGGGGAUGCCCAUCCAGGGUCAGCCGUGUUUCUGUAAGUAUGCACAGGGAGCAGACAGUGUGGAACCCAUGUUCAGACAUCUGAAGAACACUUAUUCUGGCCUUCAGCUCAUCAUCGUCAUUCUGCCUGGAAAAACACCCGUCUAUGCUGAAGUGAAGCGUGUUGGAGACACUCUUCUUGGAAUGGCCACUCAGUGUGUGCAGGUGAAGAAUGUGGUGAAAACGUCCCCUCAGACGCUCUCGAACCUCUGCCUCAAAAUCAACGUCAAACUCGGUGGCAUCAACAACAUCCUGGUGCCGCAUCAACGGUCUGCAGUGUUCCAGCAGCCAGUGAUCUUCCUGGGAGCCGAUGUGACUCACCCUCCGGCUGGUGACGGAAAGAAGCCCUCCAUUACUGCUGUGGUGGGCAGUAUGGACGCUCAUCCCAGUAGGUACUGUGCUACGGUACGUGUCCAGCGGCCCAGACAGGAGAUUAUUGAAGAUCUUUCGUACAUGGUUCGAGAACUGCUCAUCCAGUUUUACAAGUCAACUCGCUUCAAACCCACACGAAUCAUCUUCUACCGGGAUGGGGUACCAGAAGGACAAUUACCACAAAUCCUGCACUAUGAGCUGUUGGCCAUCAGGGACGCUUGCAUCAAACUGGAGAAAGACUACCAGCCAGGCAUUACAUACAUAGUUGUGCAAAAACGCCACCACACACGCCUCUUCUGUGCCGACAAGUCUGAAAGAAUUGGGAAGAGUGGGAACAUUCCAGCAGGAACGACGGUUGACACCAGCAUCACGCAUCCAUUCGAGUUUGAUUUCUACCUGUGCAGUCAUGCAGGCAUUCAGGGCACCAGCCGACCCUCUCACUACUACGUCCUGUGGGAUGACAAUCGCUUUACGGCCGACGAGCUGCAGAUUUUAACCUACCAGCUGUGCCACACCUACGUGCGCUGCACCCGUUCCGUGUCCAUUCCAGCACCAGCCUACUACGCCAGGCUUGUGGCCUUCCGAGCACGCUACCAUCUAGUGGACAAGGAACAUGACAGCGGAGAGGGCAGCCACGUCUCUGGGCAGAGUAACGGUCGGGACCCCCAAGCGCUGGCUAAAGCCGUGCAGAUUCAUCAUGACACCCUGAGGACCAUGUACUUUGCCUAAACCAGUUUCUUUGCGACCCCUCGCCGUGCCGGUGGGCCGACACACACCACCUCGAGCCAGUACACUGGGUGCUAACAGUUCACCUGAACAGAACUGAAUAAGAAAUCACACACUAUGUUUUGUUUAACCUGGCUGAACUAUGCUCUUUUUUGUUAUUUAAUUCUGUAUUUUUGUGUACUACCUUCACACUCCUACAUGUACGUAUGAAUGCAAUAUGGAGGGAAGGGAUGCAAACGAAGCUGUUGUUUUGUAUGCCACCACAAAGCUGCCUCUUAAAGGGACAGUUCACCUAAAAAUGAGAGUUUAUUCACCCUCAUGUCAUUCCAACAACUCAUGACUUUCUUUCUGAAUGGUGGCUAACAUUUCCUUUUGUGUUCCGCAACAAAGAACAAAGAAAGUCAUACAGUUUUGGAACAACGUAAGGGUGAGUAAACAAUGGCAGAAUUUUCUUUUUUUGGUGAACUGUCCCUUUAACAUGUCCGUUUGCACGAUGCCAGAGUUCGGGCACUUGAUGCAGAAGCCCGGAAUGGAGGAAUUGUUUUACUAUUUGCGUUUUGCAUUAUUUUUAUUGUUGUUGAGAUUUUUUGUAAUUUUAUAUGGUACAUUAGCACUUAGUUUUAGUUUAAAGACACCAUGCGACCAGCAUUUAUGUAUUGUUUUUGAAGCCGUACGCCGCCAGACGCACAAAUUAAGCGCAUACGGCGAUCGACUGUAGCAUGCCACAGUUGCAGGUGUCUCUCCGGUUGUGUCACGGGUGUAGCCAAUCGUAUUUAGACUCACCUCGUUAGUUAAAGAGUGGCCGAAUUAGCAUUACGAUAGAUGGACAACGGAGUGCGUUUAGUGCGCUUGCAGUCUUGCCAUCAGCAUUACACCGAAACCAGCAUUAUGCACCAGCCAAAUGCGAUGCUAACCGUAUAAAAGGACCCUUGUCUUUAAGAUGUGCAUAUUUUUGCACUUGUUUCCUCUACGCUCUUCUGGAAUGGGUGAUCUUGGCUGUUUAAUCAUUAAAACACACUUCCAGUGCACAUUAAUCUUCCUGCACUUGAAAACGAAAAUUUUGUCAUCAUUUACUCAUCCUUGUGUGGUUUCAACCCCACAUUAUUUUCUUAAUUAGGGUAACACUUUAGAAUAAGGUUCUAUUUAUUAACAUUAGUUAAUGCUUUAGGUAUUUUGAACACUAUUUUUAAAUAGCAUUCAUUAAGCUUGGUUUAUGUUAAUCAAAUCAAUUGUUCAUUGUUAGUUCAUAAUGCAUUAAUAAAUGUUCAUUUUUAAUAAUAAAAAAAAGUUGAAAUUAACCAAGAUAAAUAAGUGCUGAAAAAGUAUUGUUCAUUGUUAGUUCAUGUUAACUAAUGUAGGUAAUUAGUAUUAAUGAAUUGUGUUACACUGUAUUUUGUGAAGCACAAAAUGAGAUUUAUAAACAACAAAACUGGAGGGUGUUUUAUACUGCCAAGCUCCAAAAAAGGACAAAAACUCAAAUAAAAGUUGCUAUAUUCCAAGUUCGGAAGCCAUACGAUAGCUUUGUUUGAGGAACAAAAUCUCAUUUGCACUUGUAUUCAGUUAAAAAAUGGUGCCUUGGAUGCAUCGCACCAUUCAUGGCAAAAACCAUUUGUUCUCACGUCACACGAAUGAUCGCAGCGCAUUUAAAGGAAAAUUCCUGGUUCAACAAGUUAAACUCAGUCAGUAGCAUUUGUGGCAUCAUUUUAUCACCACAAAAAAGACUUGUCCUUUAUUUUUUUUUAAAAAGAAAGGGAAAAAUAAAAAAGUGUGGUUGCAGUUACAAUGGAAGUGAAUGGGGCCAGUCCAUAACCAAUAAAUUGCACACUGUAUCAAAAGUGUAGCCACAAUACGUAAACAUUACACGUGUUAGCAUGAUUUUAGUGUGAUACAAUCACUUAAUCACCUUAUCUGUGGCAAGUUAUAUCCAAUAUCACAACUUUGUUGUCAUGAUGACAUAACGCUGGCAAACCCUGUGGUCUGAUAAACGUUGUAAUUGUGGUAAAUCCCUCUAAUCACACUAAAAUCAUGUUAACACAAUGUUUCCAUCUUGUGGAAACUGUGAUAAAACUUAGAGAUAUCACUGACCCCAUUCACUUCCAUUGGAAGUGCUUUACUGUAACUGCGAAUAAACGAGGGACGAGUCAAAAUUAUUUUUGUGGUAAUCAACAUUAUACCACAAAUUCUGUCGAUUUGAUCUUAAAGGAAUAUUCCAGGUUCAAUACAAGUUAAGCUCAUUUGACAGCAUUUGUGGAAUAAUGUUGAUUACCACAGAAAUUAAUUUUGAUUUGUCCAUCCUUUUCUUAAAAAUAAAUAAAUAAAAAUAAAAAGUUACAGUGAGACACUUACAAUGCAAGUGAAUGGGGGCCAAUCCGUAAAUAUUAAAAUAAUCAUUAUUUCAAAAGUAUAGCCACAAGACAGUUUUAACAGAAGAAUUAAUGUAAGUGCUUUUAUAAAAUUAUAAGCUUCACAUUUCUGCCUUUAAACCCUCCAAAAAUUGGCCCCAUUGACUUCCAUUGUAAGUGUCUCACUGUAACCUCGAUUUUUGCUUUUUUUUUAAAGAAAAGGAGGGAAGAUGCCACAAUUGCUGCUGAUUGAGCUUAACUUGUAUUGAACCCGAAACAUUCCUUUAAAUUUGCGACUGCUAAAUAGAUUUCAGAUCUACGACGGGCGGGAAUAUUAGUAAAUAACAACUUACAUUUUGAUCUGUUCCUUACACCAAGCUAUCGUAUGGCUUCAGAAGACUUGGAAAAUAGCGAAAACAUUCAUAUGGACUACCUUUCUGAUAAUUUUAUGGAGCAUUUUUGAAGCUUGGUAAUAAAAAUCACCAACACUUUCAUUUACUUGCUUGCUAAGCUCAGACCAUCUGACUUACUCUCCUCUCUUUGCGCUUCAUGGAAGAAAGACAAUAAUUUGCGUUUGGAAAGACAUGGGGGAGGAGGCUGUAAAAGAUGACAACAUUUUCUUUUCUGGGUGAAAUAUUCCUUUAAACCGUUUCUUCCACUGACUGCUGUAAACAAAGCAAUACAUGGUCAAUGAGAGCAGCUGAUAGAGAAACCCGUACGGCACAUUCAAUCUGAUAUAGGAGGUUGAGACGCACUCGUUACGCUGCCCAUUUGUAUCUACCAAGAAAUCAAACAAUGCAGGAUAUCUUAUGUAUAUAGCUACCCACAAACUUCCCACACACUGGCUUGUGAAGGCUUUGCUUUCCUAUUGGACUGUCAACAACCCACAUCACUCCCACCCUUGCGUAGUCCUGCAUUGUUUUGAAAGGUGCCGUCGGUAACACUGCCACAUUCCCUGCCCGCCUCACAAGCACCUUUAACCCCUCGUCUGAUGCCCGUUGAUGCAGUGAGCAUGUUGGUCAUGCAGGAAAACGCCCUUUCCACAUGUUAGAGGCACAUUAUGCCAUGUAAUCAUGUCGUAUGGUGGAUGUAAGAAUUGCAUGUUUAAACUGAACUUGUGACUGUAGCCUCUCCGUAAACACGUGAAGACAGUGCCCUUAUACAUUUGAUGCCAUACAUUCCCAUUUGUUUUAAGGAAUAGUUUGUCUUAUUUACUCACCCUCAUGUCGUUCUGAAGCCUGUAUGCUGUAUGCCUUUUUUUUGUUUUUUUAAUCAUUUGCAUUCAGCAUACAGGUUUUGAACAACAUAAGAGUGAAUAAAUAAUGAUAGAAAGUUCUUAAUGCGUGAACUAUUCCUUUAAUGAAACCUUUUGUGGGUUUAUUGCAAAGUAAAGUGGCAAAGGUUCUCCACAAGGCGGCAUUGUCAUAAAACGCCUCAACUCAGCCUCAAAGCGCCUGAAAAUGUUUUGUUGAAAUUCAAAGGGAUUUUAAGAUGUAACAGUUUACCAUGUUUUAUUUUGACUUAUGUUUAUGAAAUGUAUAAAAAGACAUGCCUUUAUAUAUUAGGUUUUAGCAAACCCAGCGAGGUGAUUUUUAUGGAUUCCCCACCGUAUAUUGAUCUGGUCUUUAGACUAAGUAUUCUGAUGCAGUACAUGACUCUCAAAAGCCACAGAGCACCACAUGGGUGAGGAACAUAGAGGUUCAGUGUGGCGUAAUUGGAGUGAACUUAACCCGACCUCACUGUUGAAGCAAUAUUACGCCACUGAUAAAGAACUGUCCUUGUUAUAGCACUUCCCAAUAGAUUCAAUAAAUGAACACAUGAGUUGGUUGUUUGGGCUCUGUAUGUAAUAGUGAGAGGACUUUGUUCAGAACGGUUAUUUUUUAAAGAAAAUAAAAGUUGUUUUUU